GAGCACGAGCUCGGGCAUCUUUCGGUUCGCUUCCUUUCCAGGGCCCCGCGUGUCCACUCGGAAGCGGGGCUGACCCCAGCAGGAGGCAGAGCUGCGCGCGAAGGGAAGUGGGGUGCCCGCAGCCCGCGCAGCUGCUCUUAGGUGCCAGGCACCGGGCGCCAGCUGCAGGCGGCCACAGCUGGAAAGCACCUUGCGCAAGGGUCUCACGAGGUGUGGAGUCGAGGCUCCGCCCCCUUCCUCCUCCUUCCCGGAUCCGCGGCAGCCGGGCAGUGCCGGGCUGGCAGUGCGCGAGGAAGCACGGAGCUGUUGUCAUCGCGCCUCCGGCGGGGACGCCGGCGCGACGGCCGCACGCAUCCUGCCGAGCCCGGUAAAUUCUACAAGUAGAAACUGCAACUAAAUGGCUCUGUGAAACCGAAGUCAGAAGUUCUCCCAUUAACCCAAGAAGUUCCCUUCAUAAUGCCACAGAUGCCAAAACUUGAGUCACAGCCUCCACAGAGAUGCAGGAGAUCUCUGAGAGGGGCCAGGCCGCCUCUGCGUGGAGAUUGAAGUGUGGUUCAUAACCGGCAUCAAAGCAUCUCACAGACUCCAGAAAGCGCCACAGGAAUGGAGUUCAUGAGCACUGGAAGUGACAAUAACGAAGACAUUGAUUUGUUAAUUAAACACUUAAACGUGUCGGAUGUAAUCGACAUCAUGGAAAAUCUUUACACGAGUGAAGAGCCGGCAGAGUACGAACCCAGCCUCAUGACCAUGUGUCAGGACAGCAAUCAAAACCAGCAGCCCUCCGAGCCUCUGCUGCUGGGAGGACAAGAGGUGCCCUGGUUGUCAUCAGUGAGAUAUGGCACUGUGGAGGACUUGCUUGCAUUUGCAAACCACAUAUCCAACACCGCAAAGCAUUUCUAUGGGCACCGACCGCAGGAAUCUGGGAUUUUAUUAAAUAUGGUAAUCACUCCCCACAAUGGCCGCUACCAAAUAGACUCUGAUGUUUUGCUCAUCCCUUGGAAGCUGACUUACAGGAACAUUGGCUCUGGUUUCAUUCCUCGUGGGGCCUUUGGAAAAGUGUACUUAGCACAAGAUAUGAAGACUAAGAAAAGAAUGGCAUGCAAACUGAUCCCUGUCGAUCAGUUUAAGCCGUCAGAUGUAGAGAUACAGGCCUGCUUCCGGCACGAGAACAUUGCUGAGCUGUACGGGGCCGUCCUGUGGGGGGACACUGUCCACCUCUUCAUGGAGGCGGGAGAGGGAGGCUCUGUCCUGGAAAAGCUGGAGAGCUGUGGACCCAUGAGAGAGUUUGAAAUUAUUUGGGUGACCAAGCAUGUUCUGAAAGGACUUGACUUUCUACACUCUAAAAAAGUGAUCCACCAUGAUAUCAAACCCAGCAACAUUGUCUUCAUGUCCACAAAAGCUGUUUUGGUGGAUUUUGGGCUCAGUGUUCAAAUGACUGAAGAUACCUAUUUACCUAAAGACCUCCGAGGAACAGAGAUUUACAUGAGCCCAGAGGUGAUCCUGUGCCGGGGCCACUCCACCAAAGCAGACAUCUACAGCCUGGGGGCCACACUCAUCCACAUGCAGACGGGUACCCCGCCCUGGGUGAAGCGCUACCCGCGCUCAGCCUACCCCUCCUACCUCUACAUAAUCCACAAGCAGGCCCCUCCGCUGGAAGACAUUGCCGGCGACUGCAGCCCUAGCAUGAGGGACCUGAUAGAAGCAGCCUUGGAGCGGAACCCAAAGCACCGCCCACAAGCCGCAGACUUGCUCAAACACGAAGCCCUGAACCCUCCCAGGGAGGACCAGCCACGCUGCCAGAGUCUGGACUCAGCCCUGUUCGAGCGGAAGAGGCUGCUGAGUAGGAAGGAGCUGGAGCUUCCAGAGAACAUCACAGAUUCUUCAUGCACAGGAAGCACUGAGGAGUCUGAGGUGCUCAGGAGACAGCGUUCUCUCUACAUCGACCUGGGUGCCCUCGCGGGCUACUUCAAUCUCGUGCGGGGCCCCCCAACACUGGAGUAUGGCUGAGGGAUUGUGCUGCUUGCUCUAAGCGAGGACAGUGCUGACCUCCUGACAGCUGGCUCUCCAGGCUCUCCAGGCUCUCCACAGUGGCUCUGGAUGUGAAUUAUAUGCUCCAUCUGGACACUGCGGCUCCCAUGACAAAUGACUGGGAUUGCCAGCACCUCUGUGUGUUUGUUUUGUGAAGCUAUUCUGGUCUCCGCCAACUCUCAAGGUUCUCCUUUCCCAGGUGGCAGGACUCAGCACUCUGCCGACUGACUCCAUUCACUGUGCACUUUGAAAUUUUAAGACUCACUAUCACAAAUAUGUUCCUCUCAGAAUCCUGCUCUUGGUUCUUAUUUAUGAGAUCUCUAUUUAACCCGGAAUGCUGUUUUGUAUAUAUUAGUGUAUGUUCUGUGACAACUCUGAGCCUCUGUCAGUAGAUCCUGGUAUAAGUUGAAUUCAUUACAUUUUGGGUGAAUAGAACAACUUGAAUAUUGUAGCAGAAACUUAACUAGUGUCUUAAAAAUGGCUGGUUAAUUAGGAGCCAUCGGACAGCAGGCCACUAGUGGUGAUUUUCGUUAUGUUCCUAAGGAAACACUUUGUACUGUACGUGCUAUGCCUAAGACAUUUAAAACACUUGUGUUUUGAAUGUGGAUAAAACUGUGUAAACCACAUAAUUUCUGUACAUCCCAAAGGAUGAGAAAUGUGACCUUAAAGAAGAUGGGAACUUUUGUAAAUUUUUGGUGAUGCUACUUUUGUAAUUCUUAUAACUAUUUUCCUUGAAGCAUUUGUGUAUUAAGAUAACAUACUGUGUAUGUUUUAUAUCAAAUGCUUUCAAUGAGUCUUUCUUUCAGAAUACAUAGAUUUUUUAAAACAUUGUAAAGUAUGUAAAUAUUUCUACCUAAAGUAUGUUUUUACAUUCUGUAAAUGACAUGUAACACUUUUGUGCCAUAUGACUGGUCAGUCACUAAAUAAACCAAUACUUUGUCUUAA